GGGACGCGGGUGUUGUGUGUUGAUAGUGGAGUGUGUAUGUCGUCUUGUAGUCCCUCUCCUCACACACACUCACACUCACACUCACGCUGCUCGACACACUUACCCGCCACGCGACGUGACAUGAGCCACAACACUCAAGUGCUUCUCGAUGUCGCGAGAGGAUAAAUUUGGGCAUUUAGUAGGAGUUUUAAGUGAGGUUUGAGAGUGGUUCGGGCGCCAGCAUGUUCCCUGGCACCGGCGGUGGGUGCCUGGUGCCAGCCUGCUACAGGAGGGUGGCACUGGCCUGUGGCAGGCGUGUGGGGGGUGGGGUGGUGCGACCUGUGGCCCCCAGGCCAAGUUUAGUGCCCAGGCCGCCAACCCGAGGCCCGACGCACCUUCAGUCCAGAUCAAAAUGCAAUGGAAGGAUCAACUGGAGUUUGCUUGUGAUUCUGGUUGGCCAGGGCCGACAGUUACAAGCACUCGAGAGGCUAAAAGAAGUCACCCUUUGUCUUCUUCGCAUAAUUGUUCGGCAAUGCGAGGUCCACACAGCACAAAAGUUCAGGCGUGGUUUGCAACUUUACACUGUAUAUUCACGCAUGUGGGGAGAAGAGGCUGCCCGGACUAUGCUUGCAAAUUUUAGACGCAUACUUCUGUCUCGGGGCCGUCACAUGCUUCUCUCUGCAGUCUGCUUCACAAACUUUAAUUGGAGUAAGGAAAAAAUAUCGAAUGAAAGUUUGCAAAGGGCUGUUAAUGAUCUUGAUAGUGUGGAGAACCUCUGCAAGGCUACUGUGGAAUGUGAGAUGUGUGGAAAGAGACAAGUGAUUGACCAACAGAUGGCCAAUGUAGACUACUGUACCUGCACUGGGAGUUUGGGUUACACAGACAGGUGUCGUGUGUAUGAUUCAUGGGAGCCGUUUAUCGAGCGGGAAGAUCACAUAGUAUGGCGCCAAAGGCAUCGCGUUCAUAAGCACCUGUAUGCAUACAAAGUAUAUGGCACCUAUGAUGAUGUGAGCCUCGGUGCCUUCAUGGAGGUACAUCUCAACACAAAAUUCAGAUCUGAAUGGGAUGACACAGCGCUGCAGUUACGCGUUUUGGAUUCCGAUCAAGACUCCAAUUCUGAUCUUAUCUACUGGCUUGUUAAAUUUCCUCAUUUCUUUGCCAAUCGUGAUUAUAUAUAUAAACGGCGUUUCUCUGUAAACCAAGAAAAGAAAGAGGUUGUGAUAAUGAGUGAAGCAAUAAGCCCGGACUACAUACCAGAAGAGACGGGUAUUCACCGUGUUAAUGAAUACUGGUCAACAAUGGUUAUUAGAGCCCACGAAGAUAUUCACAAGCCUGGCAUUGAAUAUACCCUCACCUACUUUGACAAUCCUGGAACCAGUUUACCGCAGAGUUUGACAAAUUUUAUAGCUGCCUCCGGGUUUCCAAACUUCUUAAGAAAGAUUCAUCGAGUUGCUCUGAGUCUUCAGGCAAUACACGAAAAAGGAGAAGAUGUUUACGUAAGUCUUCCAAAGGAGCUAAGGUAUCCUACGACAGAAAUUGCAGGACAGAUUGACGAAGAGCCGGCAGAACCUACUUUCCCUGAAAGUAAAGACAGGGAAGUAUCUGUCGCUGGUACACUUGAUGCUGGUGCACAGUUUGAAGCUAACGAUGAUGCACCAGAAUGUAAACUAGCAGAAGCACAAAAGAGCAGUUUAGUGCGGAAAGUCUCGGAUGUGAUGUCGGUCCUUGAUCUAAAUAAGGCUGAAGAAUCCUCGGUGAAUCCAACAAGUGAGAAAUAUGGGGAAAAAUGUUUGCCCGGUACUCGAGAAGUCUGCGAUAGCGAACACUCGGAGAUCCCCUCGGAAGAAUUGGCUGGGAUGACACCGGUGACGCGUACUGACCACAAACACGAGUCUGUGCCUAUCCUCCACAACCAGGCUGCUGAAAGUGAUAUUUCUGCUAUUAGAGACGGUGCUGUUUCAGUGCGUGACGGAUGUCGGGACAAUCCAAAUACAUCUUCGUCCGAUAGAGUUCUUCAUGUACAAGUAGGCGGAAAACAUGUUGCAGUGGAUUUGUUAGAGGGAAUGGAAGUAGUUGCACCUGAUUUGGAAAGUAAGACUCUAUUACUGAGGAAAAUUGAGAAAAUGAAUGAAGAUUUGUAUUAUAAUUUUGAAAAAAAGGUCCCGGUCAUUGCAAAGUUAGUGUAUAAAAUGAAGUCAUUUCAGGAACAUGCCUUAAAGAAAAAAGAAAGAUCUAUUAGGAAGAUGGAGGAAUUGUCACAAAAGGGUCAUUAUGAUCAUUGUGGGACAGAUGAAAAGACACUCAAAUAUCUUGAAGUCCUUUUCCAAGCCAUGAGAGAUGUUCUGCAGGCUAACAAAGAUAUCCGGACUGGUAAAAGCUUAAUGAAAGUUCAUGAGGACAUUCAUGAAAAGGUUACAAAUAAGGAGAAUUCAUCAGCCGAUGCAUCUUCAGACUCGUCUUCUACAGCAUCACAACACCCGGAUAACUCGAGACAUAGUGAGAGUCACACAACAAAUUCCACUUCACCAACGAGUGACCAAAACAUACAGUUAUCAACAGACGAGAGAAAACAAAAGCCGAGUAAAACUACUGAAAAUCUGAAACCUCCAGAUGGUCCUCCUCCAGCAUGUGCUUCACGUGUCCAGCAAUUUCCGGCAUGCACAGAAUCGUCUUCGGGCGAGAGAGCUUACAGUAACGCCGAAUAUUGUGAAGCCCGUGAAAAUACGCCGGAAGACAUGACUUGGUGGGCUUCGUGGAUGUAUGUUCCCAGUAUUUCAGGUUGGUGGGGAACUAGUAAUGUGCAAAGCUCAUGUGAGAGUGAAGACUUGGGAAACAGUGGUGAUCACGGCACAAUCAAUCCGCACGAUAAUUCUAGCUCGGAAUCAUUUAUGUCACAAGCUUGGUAUGUUAUUGGUCUUGGUUGGCUCUUUCACUCUGACACAAAAUUAAAUGCUGGUGAUACUGAUAACCAGGGAGGUAAACUGCACAUGCAAGCUGAUGAGAGCUGUGUCAGUAAACAUGACUGUGAUAAUGACUGUGCCGGAAGCUCAACGUGGUACUGGUACCCAGUGACCAGUGCAUCUCGUGUUUAUGCGUGGGUAUUUAGCACUUCCAAGGCUAAUGCAUAGACUCUGUAAAUCUACUAUACAAUGUGAAAGCAUCAAUAUCCACAAAAAGGUACAAGAAGCUGUUAUUUUUUUGACUAGGAGUUGUGAGGUAAAGACUAUUUAGGGAUCUUGGGACUUGGAAGUUUUUAUAAAUGUUCAGUAAUUAUUAUUUAUGGGUUUGAUGAAUCUUUUAAAAUGUACACAAGCCUUGCUCUCAUUUUAAUACCUAAGAAGUUUCUCAUUAAAGGUAUGACUCUGGCAUUUUAAUUAAAAUUGUAUUUUAAUAAGGUGAAUCAAGUGCAGUUUUUCAAAAAAUAUAUAUAUAUUUAAGAAAUAAUUACAUAGUAAAGGGGGAAUUACAUAAUUCAUUACAUUUAAUGCUUGAUUUCUUGGUGGGACCCCGUUGGAGGUCCCAUGUGAGCCCCGUUGGAGGUCCCAUGUGAGCCCCUAGCGUGCUCACAUGGGUCUCUCUUGGUGGUCCCAUGUGAGCCCCUAGCAUGCUCAUAUGGGUCCCUCUUGGAGGUCCCAUGUGAGCCCCUAGCAUGCUCACAUGGGUCUCUCUUGGUGGGACCCCUUGGCUGCUUCCCCCUAGCGUGCUCACAUGAGGGCUCUCAAUAGAGGAGACCAGCUUUUCUGAAGACCACAACUAAAUUGCCAUGUUUCAGUGUGUUGUGUAGCAAAGUGUAUCUCAACUGGAACUCCAAUUAUGAACUUUCAGCAUUAAAACUUCAAUUUUAUCUAUUCAAUUUUGUUUUGUCUAUGUUCUAUUCGUUCUAUCCUUGACAGGUUGCCACAUAGUCUACUUCAGAUAUUUCUUAUGCUUUCAAGGUUUCAUUGAGGAUUCUCACGAAUACUCUGUGAAAACACAUUAAAGAAGUUGACAUAGGCUUGGAUGUCACCAAAGUAAAAGUUGUUUGUUGGUGAUUUGUUUUGAGAAAUAGGUUUAUGUGAAGAGAGAGAGGAUUGUCCUCCAGUAAAAAAAAAAAAACCUAGAGAAGAAAUCCAAAAAAGACAGUAAAAGUAU